CCAAAAUCAAGAAACAGAAAAGAAAAAACAAAUCGCAGAAAAUGGAGAAGAUUUUGUUGAUAAUGAGCAUUGUGUUGGCAACGUGUGCAACAAGUUUAGCAGAAAACAUUAAUGUGCAAUCAUGUGUGUCAGAGUGCUAUGAUUACUGCAAAGAUGAACCAAAAAUAAGAGGCUGCAUAACUGGUUGUAUUGUUACAAGGCAUUGCAUUCCUCCCAAGUUGGAUUCGGUUAAGUCAUCUUACUGCAAUCACGGUUGCGUUCUUCACAAAUGCGCCACAGCUACGCCAGAGCAAAUCUCGAGCUGUGCAGAUGCGUGUUCAAACGUUUGCUUAUGAAGUUGAUGAAGCUUAGCGUUUCUAAGGAGAUGAUGUGAUUUACAUGCUAAAAUAAUUGGUGUUGUUUCUCAAUUAUGUAUGUGUUAUCAAAUCAUCACAAUCAAUAAAGUCAAGCGUU